GACAAGGCAGGGUUGGCAGCUGGGCUGAGGGUAAGGAGCUCGGGGCUGAAAGUGCGCCUUCCUACCCCUUUUUCUCACUGCCUCCGAAACAAUUGUCAAACGAUGCCAACUCUUAAAAACACGUUUAAAAAAGUUAACCAGCGCGGCUCGGAGCUCUCAAACGGUUAAUCGUAAAGAGAAGGCGUGUCUUGGGGGUGCAGGGGGGAAAGUGCCGUGAGAGGGGGUGUGAACUGGGCAGAGAGAGAGAGAGGGAGAGGCAGCGAGUUCACACCAGGAGAGAGGGAGGAGAGAUCCAACAGACAAGAGCUCGGAGAACGAGCCGAGGUUCUGAAGACUUCACACAUCAAACACAGACAUCAGGAAGCUCGCAGUCCCAUUCGGAGCGAAGGAGCCUGACACUGAUCGACGGCCACUGGGGAUCGGGGAGACAGCCUUGCCCCUGGAAAGCGGGGCAGCUUAAGCGAACCCGUCCCCCACCCCACCCCACCCCAGCCGGCGGUGGCAGAGGUCAGGGACGGGGGAAUCAAGAGGCGCCCCCCCCCCCCCGCCCCUCCCCACCCACAGACCCCCGCCCUGAGCUUCAACAGCUGGAAGAUCCGAAGUUCGGAUUCCCCGGUGGAGCCCUGUUUCUCGGCCACUAUGGAUAUCCUGGAUAACUUCGGGGCAGAGAAACUCUUCGCGGCUUCAAGCCUUGUGGAUCUGGAAGAUUUGAACGAAGCUGAUUUUCUCAGUAAUGUGCAUUUUUCAGAAAACUUGGAUGACUUCUCCAAUGAGCUGUUCAGUAGUUUCUUUGAUGACCAACUGCUGGUUGAGAAGAACUCUUUACUGGACAUGGAGCUUGAUCCAGCCACACCAGCUAUCCAGGCAGAGCACAGCUACUCUCUAAGUGGAGACUCCGCCCCUCAAAGUCCACUCAUGCCAAUCAAGAUGGAUGAAUUUAGCAAAGAAGCUGAUGGUGGACUUUGGGCCCUGGGCCCCGACCUGACCCACAUCAUGAUUAAACAGGAGCCAAACCUCCUGUCAGAGUCCUGCUGUGCUUCUCCAUCAACUCAGACAUCGGCUCUUUCCGGAGAACACAUGACCUCUGGCCAACUGACAAACUCCACAGAAGAACCGGCUCAGACGGAACCAAGCACAGUGCCUCAAAUCAAAGUGGAGCCCAAAGAACCCAAUCAGUUCCUCAGUGUCCACACAGAUAUGCAGCUGCCACCUACACCUCCAAGCAGCCACAGCAGCGACAGCGAUGGCUCGCAGAGUCCACGGUCCCUCCCACCGUCCAGUCCAGCCCGGCCACAGGCUCGGUCAUCUAGUGCCAUCUCAACGUCUCCUCUGCUCACAGCUCCUCACAAGCUCCAGGGGACUUCCGGCCCCUUGCUGCUCACUGAGGAGGAAAAGCGGACCCUGAUUGCCGAGGGCUACCCUAUCCCUACCAAGCUGCCUCUCACAAAGGCCGAGGAGAAAGCUCUCAAGAGAGUCCGGAGAAAAAUUAAGAACAAGAUUUCUGCUCAGGAGAGCCGGAGAAAGAAGAAGGAAUAUGUGGAUAGUCUAGAGAAAAAGGUGGAGACUUACACCUCAGAGAAUAAUGAGCUCUGGAAAAAAGUGGAGACUCUGGAAAAUGCGAACCGGACUCUACUGCAACAGCUGCAGAAGCUUCAAGCACUGGUGGCUGGGAAAGUGCCUCGACCCUGCCGGGUGGCAUCAACACAGACAGGAACCUGCCUGAUGGUUGUGGUGGUCUGUUUUGUCCUUGUCCUGGGUUCCUUCAUGCCCUGCCUCCCUGAAUUUUCAACCGUCUCCCAGACAGUCAAAACAGCUCCACUGUCUGCUCCCGAUGUCUAUACGACAAGUCAGAUUCGUUCCAGGAGCCUGUUGUUUUAUGAUGAGGGCUCAUCCCUGGAAGAUCACUAUUCCACACUCUUCCCAGUGGAGAGCAGGGAACCGGCAUCCAGGGAUAUAAGAGAGGAGAAGCGGUCACAUGACAGAUCAAAUGAUUACAUCACCUGGUCGCAAGAGGUGUCCAAAUACCUAAGCAAUGCCCAAAUGGAGGUGAUCAAUUCCAAUAAGACUGACCACAGGAAGUUGGUCCAGGAGAAAGCACAUCAUGAGAGGUGGGCAUCAGCGACUGUAAUCACAGCAAAAUCUUUGUAACUGGACCGCCCCUUUAACCAGCCUUUUGGUAUAGAGAUACUUCUAUUUUGCAAGCCUUAAAUGUUCAAUGUUUCUGCGUAUGUGUGUAUUUGCAUGUCUGCAAGUGUGUAUACAUGUAUGUGUAUGAUUGUGUGGUGCCUGCCAUGUGCACAUGCGUGCUAACGUGUGCAUCAAUGUAUGAAUGUUUCCAUUAGGUGUGUCUAUGUAAGGUUGUUUGCGAUACGGUUCUGUAUUCAUUGCUAUUCUUAAACCACAUUCAACACCAAUGUCCCAUAUUCCUUACUCUGCUCCUUCCUGCCUUUGCCAUGUAACUUGCUACAUAUUCUGCACUCUUCAUUAUCUUCAUGCUUUGUUGCUCUUACUUUAUUCCUUGCUAUUAAUUCUGAAUCCUUCACAAUUCUCAUUCCAUUCCUCAUAGUUCUAUGUGACCAUUUUCCUUCUGCACUUACUGAUAUCUGUUUCAGCAUUCUCACACUUUCUCACUAAUCUUGCCCCAGCUCUCACCAAAAACAUUGAAUUUUUUUUUUGCCAUUCUUGGCAAAAUUAUUCACUAUCCCCUUAUCGUCGCCUUGCUUCCUGCUCCAAAUAUUGCAUUCCUCAAUUUGCCCACCCAUCGCUCAUAAUCUGUUUGUCGGUCUUAUUAAACUGAUCACUAUUCUCACUGUGUUCACCAGCAUACUGUAAAUGGUUGGGCUUGGGGUUUCGGAUUAUGUACAGGAUGCUUCACACACGUCUGUAUGAUGUGAUCUUCACUUGCACAAGCAAGAUGGCACAAAGCUUGAGAGGCAGAUGUGCAAGUGACAAGGUGAACCACAUGAACGGAAAUUAAAAUCACAUCAUACAAAUAUCAAAGAAGCAUCCUAUUUUUAACAUUGUGUUGUGGGUUUUACCAACAAAUAAAAAUCACUAAGGUGGCUCAGAUAAAUUGGGGAUUGGGAUUGGGGUGGGUGUGCAGGGACAUCACUGUUUCCUACAAUAGCAUGUUAAUAUUUCCACACCGCGGAAUCAGAAGUCUUGUAAUGCAGAGUAACUACAUGUGAGAUCAUGGAGAGUGCAGUAAAAAUAUACAGCUAACAUGUUAUAGCAGCUAUUUAGAAAUAAAAUGCUUCCCAUUGCAUUCA